GUUUUGACUGAAAGGAGCUGUCAGACGAAUGUCAGACGAGACAACUAGACCUCUACCAUGCAGACGAUGAUAAACUGAUUGCGGUCAGUUGAUCGCUAUGACAAGACAGGGACAUUUUCCUUUAAUAUUCCCAGAUGCCGUGUUUCAAAAUAUCCAAAAUGGAAUCGCCAAACGAAUCACAAACCAUGAUUAUGUCAAAUCAGGAAGAAUCACUCGGUCUGCCGAUUCAAUGGACGUUGAUAUUGAUGCCUUUCCUACGUUGGAACCAGCCUUAACGCCCGUCACAGAAUUAUGGCUGACAAUUCUGUACGUCUCAUUGUACGGCCUGCUGUUUUUCAUGGUGUAUUUUCAAUUAUGGAUGAUCUGGUACUACCGACAUAAGAGACUGAGUUACCAAACUGUUUUUCUGUUUCUCUGUUUGAUAUGGACAGGGUUGAGAACCACCUUAUUCUCAUUCUACUUCAGUGACUGUAUUUUAGUCAACAAUCUCCCACUGCCCUUUACAUGGUUGCUGUAUUGUUUCCCAGUUUGUUUACAGUUCACUACGCUGUGUCUCCUGGUGUUAUUUUUUGCACAGGUCGUGUUUAAAGCCAAAGCCAAGUAUGAACCUAGUCAGUAUAAAAGACCUCUACGCAUUGCCAUUGCACUUGCUAUCCUCAUUUUCUUCAUCACCAACCUGACGGCUGCCAUUGUGGUGGACCACCAGUCUAUAAAGUACCACUCUGUACCUAUAUCUGUGAUAAUAGUGAGAGUGUCAAUCAAUGACAGUUUAUUUGUGAUGUCUGCCACCGCCCUGUCUGUUUGUAUCUACAAGAUGAGUCGUAUGGCCUCGGCACAUGUAGUUCUAGAAGCAAAGGGAACAACACUGUGCCAGGCAAUGGCCACCUCCAUUGUGAUAAUUCUGUUGUUCACAUCACGUGCUGUGUACAAUAUUAUAGCCUUGCUGCCCUAUACCAAGGAAAAGAUGCCCUCGUUUGGUUACAACUGGGUCAAUGUCUCGGAUCAGGCCGACAUCAUCGACCUUGACGGGGGUUAUGCUUAUGUAUCGUUUGGAAUUGUGCUGUUUGUUUGGGAGUUUCUGCCUACUCUCAUCAUUGUAGUGUUUUUCCGUGUCAAAAAACCUCCUGCAGAUUCAGCAUUAAGUGACAUGGCAGCACAGCACCAGAACAGUCGAUCUUACUUCUUUGACAAUCCUAGACGCUAUGAUAGCGAUGACGAUCUCACACGGAGUGCUCACUCCAGGGCCAGUAAUUAUGACAUCAAUUACGGGCAUUCUUCUGUCAACAAUGCUGAUGCCACAAAGACCACACCAAGAGGAACACCAAGGGAAACUCCCUGGGGAACCCCACGAGGGAACAACUUAAACUAUGGUGCCACAAAUACUGGGAGUUUCACAGGGAGAGUGGCAGGAUAUGGGUCACCAUCAACUGGAGCCAAUCAGGGUGUCCAGAACCCAGGCUACCAGAACCCAGCCGAGUGAUGGUACUAUACAAAAUAUAUCUCCUAAUAUCUGGACUGAUUUGAUACUUAUUUCUAAAUAUCUAGACUGGUCUAUUACUUUUCCUGAUAUCUGGACUGGUCUGGUACUUCUCUCCUGAUAUCUCGACUGGUCUGCUACUUCUCUCCUGAUAUCUGGACUGUUUUGAUACUUAUUUCUAAAUAUCUAGACUGGUCUACUACUUCUCCUGAUAUCUGGACUGGUCUGGUUCUUCUCUCCUGAUAUCUGAACUGGUCUGGUACUUCUCUCCUGAUAUCUGGACUGAUUUGAUACUUAUUUCUAAAUAUCUAGACUGGUCUAUUACUUUUCCUGAUAUCUGGACUGGUCUGGUACUACUCUCCUGAUAUCUGGACUGGUCUGGUACUUCUCUCCUGAUAUCUGAACUGGUCUGCUACUUCUCUCCUGACAUCUGGACUGGUCUGCUACUUCUCUCCUGAUAUCUGGACUGAUUUGAUACUUAUUUCUAGAUAUCAUGACUUGUAUUGUACUUUUUCUGAUAUCUGGACUGGUCUGGUACCUCUCUCCUGAUAUCUGGACUGGUCUGGUACUUCUCUCCUGAUAUCUGGACUGGUCCGGUACUUCACUCCUGAUAUCUGGACUGGUCUGGUACUUCACUCCUGAUAUCUGGACUGGUCUGGUACUUCUCUCCAGUUAUCACCACUGGUCUGGUACUUCACUCCUAAUAUCUGGACUGGUCUAGUACUUCUCUCCAGAUAUCUGGACAGGUUUGAUACUUAUUUCUAGAUAUCACGACUGGUCUAGUACUUCUCUCCUGAUAUCUGGACAGGUUUGAUACUUAUUUCUAGAUAUCACGACUGGUCUAGUACUUCUCCUGAUAUCUGGACUGGUCUGGUACUUCCCCUCCAGAUAUCACGACUGGUCUGGUACUUCUCUCCUAAUAUCUUGACUGGUCUGGCACUUUUCCCCUGAUAUCUGGAUUUGUCUGGUACUUCUCUCCUGAUAUCUGGACUGGUCUGGUACUUCUCUCCUGAUAUCUGGACUGAUCUGGUAUUUCUCUCCUGCUAUCUGGACUGGUCUGAAACUUCUCUCCUGAAAUCUGGACUGGUCUGGUACAUCUCUUCUGAUAUCUGGACAGGUCUGGUAUUUCUCUCCUGAUAUCUGGACUGGUCUGGUACUUUUCCUGAUAUCUUGACUGGUCUGAAACUUCUCUCCUGCUAUCUGGACUGGUCUGAAACUUCUCUUCUGAUAUCUGGACUGGUCUGGUACUUCUCUCCAGACGAUCAAACUGGUCUAGAACUUCUUUCUAGAUAUCCAGACUGGUCUGGUCUUUUCUGUUGAUAUUUUGACUUGUGCUUCAUCAGAGCCCUAUCACAGGUGUAAGUGGGUACGCUGUUAUAUGUCAGUAUGUUGAUACUGUGAAAGGUUUAAAUCCGAGUGUGGUUGGAGGUCAGUUAUAUGUUUUACAUUGAGUGUGUGCUACAAAGUAGUUGUGAGAUUAUUGUUGUUGUUUCCUACUAUCGGGAAUUUCUAUUGAAAUAUAAUCUCAUUUCAGAAAACCAGGUCUUUGAACAAUAUAUUCCCUUUUUAACCUCGCCAUAAUUGCAUCUAUAUUAGUACCAUGUCACAUUAUUUCUGUCCGAUAACCUUUAAUAAGUAAUUUGUAUUACAGUCUUUGAAAUUCGCAUUUGCCAAUGUGUCAUAAUAUUUCUAUUGGUGUCAAAGUUGGUUCUGGUUUCCUUGUUAGCAAUACUGGUAGUGGUGUCUAUACUGUACUAGCCAUACCAUUACCGUGAAUUGUCUAAGAUGGCUGUAAAGAUAUGUGGGAUAUUUCAUUCACGCAAUCAAAAAUUCAGUUUAUGCCAGAUAGACUGUAUGUAGUUAUAUAGUUAUAAAUUAAAGGUGGCGUGUUCAAAUUGUAAUGCAGAGAACACUAUGACUUUCUCCUCACCAACAGAAAUUUUGAGCUCACAAAUCAAACUAUUUAUCAACAUUUUCACUCCUGUGUCAAGAACAGUUGUUACGGAUCUAAGAUUUUUUAUAUCAAUAUUUUAGAAUAUAAAACAUUCCAUAUUGACCAUAUAUUUCCCAAGUAAAUGUAAAAGAUGUUAUCAGAUUUUUUUUUAUACUUUGUAUAAACAUACAGCUGGUGUUGGUUUAAUUCUGAAGUAUCAUCAUUAUUUGGCUCCUAUCUAGUAUCAAGUCACAUGGUAUACAUAGAGGUGUUUUUUUUCAGUCCAUUGGUCAUUUAGUUUGACAGCAAUGAAAUUGUAAUUUUGGUUUUCUUCUGUGGUCAUUCUUUUAAAGAAACGAAAUUGUAAAUUUAAGUAAAGUGAAACAAUAUCAUGUGAAAUAGUCAUUCAUACCAAAACAAGAAAGAGAAUGUCAAUGGAAUUUGAAUUAUUUUGGAUUAUUUUAAGUAGUUCAUUUCAUUGUAGAAAUUCAUAAACCUUAGAUAUCUUGACUGUUUUGUUGGGUGUGGAUUUUUUUUGAUUUUUUUUUUAAUAUGUUAUAGAUUAUGUUGAUAA